AGCCUGUAGGUGUCAUCGGCUUAAAAGGGAAAUCCGCGCAUGUGGGAGCAGGCCGGGAGGCGAGAGCAUGCGGUGGGGGAAAGAGCGAAAGAGCGGAAACACGCGCGGGAGAAAGACGCAACGAGGGGCCGUAGUAUGACGAACGCGAGGCAACCGGCGACGAUGGUGCGGGCAGUCUGCGCACGGACAUCGAUCGAGGUUCACGUUCCAUCCACUCCCCGAAAUUCCCGAUUGUUUCUCGAGUCGCGAUUACCGAUACGUCACGUACGACAAGAAGAAAGAUAGAAACAGGAAGAAAGAAAGAGGGAGAGAGAGAGAGAGAGAUAGAGAGAGAAGGAAAGAGAGAGAGAGAGAGAGAUAAAGACAUGCCGCGGUAUCCUAUGCGGCAAUCGUGAAUUGCGUGCGCCGUGACAGUGCGAUGACACCUGUGCCUUUCCGAGAGGAACGAACCGUCAGUACCGCAGCUGUGGGGGUGUUUUUCCGCGCUGCACCAUAGGAAUUUUGUAUAGCGACCGGAAAACGUCGGUCCGCCACUGUCUUCUUCACGUCCGGCAGAGACUAGACGAUGUUUAAACGCCUGUCGAAGUCACGGCGCCACAGCGCCGACGAUGUCGCCCUUUCUUUGUCGAGCUCGACGGCUCCGCUGGACGAGCUAUCGGCGACUUCAAUGCCGCGGACGAACAGUCAGGAUCUGGAAACCGCCACUCUGCUGAAGAUCUCCCGGGCCAAGUACACCCGGAGGAGCUGCGGCGACGCGGGCGCGAUGCAGACGCUGCUCGAGAAGCAGGACAACGAGCAGGAUGUCAUCGAGGCUGACUAUCAAACGGUUACGGCCGUGCCGGCCUUCAUCGUCGAGCACGAUCCGAGUAAGCAACGAGUGCUGGGACUAGGAAUUUGGGGUCGUAGGAUGGGCAAGAAGAUCGAUUCGUUUCGGAGGACUAGAUCUCGCGAGACUAUCUGCUCCAUUACGGAAAGAUCCGACGGUGUCGAACACAACGAACACAGCGUCAAUAAUAAUAAUAUAAACAAUAACAAUACUAGUAUCAGCAACAAUAACAUUGACGUCCAUCAAUUAAGCAAGAUACACUUGGACGAGAGGACGAACAGGAAGUUACCGGCAGCUUGUCAGCGAUCCCCGUCUCCCUUCAAAUCGUUUUUCAUCCGGAUGGGUUCCACCGGCAUGCUCAACUCGACUAAAACCAAUAGGAAGUCUCAGAAUAUCGAGGAGAGAACCACGAUGAUGCCGGACAAGGAGAGCCUGUUCAGGAGCUGCAGCACCAGUCAAUUGAACAACAGCCCGACUUACGUGAAGGGAGACGAUCCCUCGGAAGGCAUAGACCUGCAAGUAGCCGCCCGAAAGGACAAGACGGUGUCCUGCGACAAUCUGGCGGGGCAUCGAGGCAACGAUCAAAGGAUCUUCGAGGCUCGCGCGCGAGGCGAUCCUUCCGCCUCCACGUAUUCGCUGGGCAGUCCUUCGGUGAGCUUCAGCACCUGCGACCUCGAGAAGACGAAAAACGAGUCGUUCAUGAGGAAGAGCAGUAGCUGCGACCUGAAGGAGGCGAAGAAAUCCAACUUCCCGUACGCCUUCCUGCGAUCGAAGCUGUCCGUGUUACCGGAAGAACGUCACGGAUCACUGGUCCCCAAGGACGAGAGGCUCUUCAAGACUGUGUCGGAGGAGCACUUUCCGACCCUGCAGAUCGAGGACUCUUACAUCAACACCACGACCCUAGGACGGAAGAGAACGAAGAUCGGAAACGCCGGCUGCGGUCUCGACGUCGCGAGAAAUCAGGAGAACGUCUCGCGACUGGGCCGAACCUCCUAUGCCGAGUUUCAGAGGAACGCCAUCAGAUACGAAGCGGACAGAUACAGCCUGAACGCCAGCCGCCUCGAGCGAAUCGAAGCCGGUCUUCAGCGGGACGGCAUCGCCGGCUGCUACCUGUUCGACGGAAGUCCGCUGUCCUUUCGUGAGAACAACGAAUUUCGACACAGCGAGGAUACGGCGCGCGACAAGGCGGACUUCGCAGUCGGCAGAAUCGAGACCGGGAUGACGGAGAAUUGCAAUGUCGAUCUCGACAUGAUGACCGCUAUCAGAAGCAACCGACGGAACUCGGUGUCGAGCUGCGAGCAGAGACUGUCGUCUCACUACGUUAGCUCGAACGAGUCCGGUUACGACAGCGACGGGCCGCGAGGUGAAUUCGUGGCGGCCUUGGAGAACGAGGGGCUGAAAUGUAGCUCGGACACCAGCAGCGUCGUGGACUCGGAGGCGGAUAAACCCAUAAGGAGCUCGACGCCGAGCGAGUGCCAGGAUCAGGAAAACGCCCAGAACGCCGGCAGGAUCAGGCAGAAUUCCGAGAACGCGGACGAGCACGCGAGGCCGGACGCGAUUUCCCGGAUGAAUCUCGAGGGGAUAGACGGUCUCAGGUGGCACCGGAGCGGAUCCGGACGGAUGCUGCCCAGUAUUCACGGUACGUCCUUCGAGGAGGAAGCCGUGUCGCGGCUGGAGGACACUCCGCUUCCAAGCUGCGACGACAGAUUGAAUAUCCUGUCUGACACGUCGAAGACGCUGGACGUCUCGCCUCAUCGCAUGAGGUUGCAGCAGGAUAAAACGAGAUUUUUGAGCGAUAUCAUUCAGCCGUUAACGAGGGUGCGGCGAUGUUGCUCGAUACAGUUGCACAAGAGAGAUCCCAAAGAGAGCCUGGGGAUUCGAUUGGCGCAACAGAGACUAGGAGAUUUGCAAUACAUCGUCGUACAACUCGAAAGCGACGGCAUCGCUCACAGAGACGGCAGACUGAGAUUGGGCGAUGAGAUUGUCGAAGUCGAAGGCAAGGAGCUAAAAACGCUGGAAACCCUUGAGGAAGUGCAAGAGUUUCUGAGAUCUUUUACCGGUAACACGGUACGAUUAACGACGGCAUACGAGGAGACGGUGCCGCAAGUAUACGAGAAUCCGCCGCCAGCCGUGCCCGGCGAGUACGAGUACCUGGAAAACGCGAAGAAUCUGUCGUUGAUCGACACCGAAGCGAAUCACGUUUCUUCAUCGGCCGAGAAGAAGAAGAAGAAGAAAACGACGACGACGACGACGGCCGACGGUGACGCGGAGGCACUUCAGUCGAGAAAGAGGCCCGACUUCCUGCCGCUCUCCUGCUCGUCCGAAAAUCAAAAGGACACCCGCGGCAGCAGCGCGGAGCCCGUUACGACGGAGUCGCAGCACUAUCUGUCGCGACACGUGGCCAAGUUCGAGAAGGGCUACGGCAAACCAAGUUUGGGCUUCAGCGUUGUAGGUGGCAGAGACAGCCCGCGGGGUGACAUGGGGAUCUUCGUGAGGAGGGUCUUCGCCGGCGGGCAGGCCGACAUUUCCAGAUCGCUGUUUCAAGGCGACGAAAUCACGAGCCUAAACGGACAGAUUUUGAAGGGCCGCACGCACCAGGAAGUCAUCGAGUUGUUUAAGACGGUGAGGGAGGGCACGGUCGAAUUAGAGAUUACAAGAAGACACAGAUAUCCUAAAAGUACUGUAAAAAGUACGCCGUACUAAACAGUAUGAACGAAGAAGAAACUGCCCACCGGAAGUGCUCUUUAGAUUUAGGUCUAAUCCACUAUCAUCAAUCACAUGGAGAAAAAAAACGACGUUUUAGAAUUCUAGUCUAUCAAAAGAAAUCUAUGACUUCUCUGACGUUUUUCUCUUGCAUAAUUUAUUUCGCGCGGCAUAUCUCGCAACUGCCUGGUAGAAUAGUUUUCUUAUUAUUAAUAGACUAUUCGCGUAUUGUGGUAUUAUAACUAUUAUUAAGUACCACGUCUAAAAAUAAGAUUUUAUACGAAUAACGUUAUGACAUCGUAAAAUCCAUUACCUACUAUGCAUUUUUUAAUCAUAAUAAAGGACAAUAAUAAAGAGAAUGUUCUUCGCGGGUACCGAACGGGGUACCGUAUCCAGAUUAUUAUUAAUUAAAAAUAAUUGUUAUUAAAUAACUGUUUUAUUUCUAGC